AUGCUCCGCGCCUCUCACCUCCCGAGGUCCCUCUGGCUUGCGAUCACGAAUUUUGCGCCGUGGCUGCACCCGCACAGGCACCCCCCGCGCCGCGCAGGCGCACAGCGGCGCUACGAGCGGCUGAGGGAUAGGGACGCGGACGCGCGCCGCGCCCGCGCAGGUGCGAAGUACAGCUACGAGUACGUGCCGUAUCCGGUGUUGCAGCAGCGCAGCCGCCCCUCGCCGCACUCUACCCGCCCGCGCGCCUCCGCACCCGCGCCCUCCCCCGCUCCUGUCCCCGUCCCAGUCCAGCCGUACCACCCGAAUCCGUAUCCAUACGCGCGGCACAAGCCCGCGCACAGCGCGUCCUACUACCCCCACUACGCCGCGCCCCCCCGCAUCCCGCGCCGCCCGCCGCCCGCGCGCCCGCGCGCCGCGCCGCGUGCGGACGCGGGGUUCGUGUACUUCGCGCGCGGGGACGCGCGGACGGGGUGGCUGUCGGCGUGGGCGCGCGCGCCGUUCGCGGAGCGGCUGGCGCUGCCGGGGCGCGCGGCGCGGGUGUAUAGGUUCGAGAGCGUCGGGCA